AUGGAAUACACAACGAACGCGGCUGCAUGGCCGUCGUUCGAUCUGCCGACCGUCCACGACGAAAGGUCGUCCACCGCCCCCGACGACUGGAAGGAGCAGGCCGCCAGCGGGCUAAACGAGCUCCUCGGAGACCUACAGGCCCAGAAUGCGUCGUCCACAUCAUCCAACCCUUCCGCCCCCAUCUUCUUUUCCCUCCCCCAAUCCUUCAUCACGACUGCGCCCCCGACAUUCAGCAAUUUCAACAACACGCAAUGGCCCCAAGCAUCCCAGCUGCCUCUCUCAAGCUACUCCUCCUUGAACGGCGCCAACCCGACGCCAUCUACUUCGCAACUGCAGUCGCAGAGCUCUUCGUCAAUGGGUGUCAUUGACCCCUCCUUGACGACGAUGCAUGCGUCGUCCGCAAGUCCUCCCCCUCAAUACACCCCUGGCCCUUUCCUGUCGUCGCCAUCAUCCCAACCUCGCAUGGCUUAUCACUAUCAGCAACAGUCACAUCCUCAGCCUUUGUCCGUUGGCCCCUCAUUCAUGCCUCCUCAGUUCUCUCAACCGCAACAGCACCAUCUGGCUUUUCCACGACAUCACUCGCAUUCUCCACCGCAACCCCAGCCCCAGGGUACUCUGUCACCAUUCGCGUUACAUACACCAUCCAGUUCAUUAUAUUCUAGUAUCCCAACGUCCUCGUUUUACGGCCAGCCUACACACCCCCAGGCAGGGCCAUCGUCGUCCACACAAACUCCGAUUCAACCCGCACAAGCCCCUCCACAGCCUGUUGCACCCACACCUCCUGUCAACAAAAUCUCCGAAGAGCAACGCAGGGCCAACCUGGCACGAGACAUCAAGCCUCUCAUACAACCGACGUCGUUCACUGGCGCAGGUGCGGUAACCCAACUUGUUAAGUUGCUCGACGAGUACGGUAUCGCCGACGUCGACCCGUCCGUGCGGCUGGAGACCCUCACAAAGAUCAGGGACAACGCCGGGAACCAUUACUUUCGUGCAUGGGUUGACAACGCAGUGGCGAUAGACGUCACGCGGGAGUGGCUUAAGCUUGCCUUCGUUGGCCGGAGCGAUGCACAGCUGGUGGAGACGAUCAUGCCCAUCCUUCAUAUCAUCGACCGCCUACCGUUCACCAUCGAUAAGCUGAAGCUUUCCAAGCUCGGGAAGUUGAUUAUCAAGUUGGUGAAGGAGCCACCGACGCCUGCCAUCAAGGACAUGGCGUCGAACCUAGAGCGUAAAUGGCGAAAGAUGCUCACGCAGGGAGCGUCAGACAAGAUGGAUACUGAAAAUCCUGAGGACACGAAGAGCAAAAAGCGGCGGGCAGAGCUCGCUGUACCCAAAGGUGCUCCUCCUGUCAAGAAGGCGGCUGUGGUUGGGUCGGCGACCGCCACCACUCCCAAAGUCGUUGCCGCGAAGAAGGAUUCCAAGUCUGUCGUCAAGGACGCAAAGUCCGACUCGUCGUUUUUCUCCAAGCCGAAGCCCGUCAAGAAGGAGAUGCCCAGUUUCAAGAAGAACCCUCCGACGGCGACGGCUGUGAAGAAGGAGGCUGACGCGAACAUGGCGCAGCCAUCCUCGUUCAACCCGUUCGAAGACAUUUUGAAGACGUAUGCCUCAAACGCUGGUACGGGAUCCACGUCCACUCCGCCGCCAGCAGGCGCGCUCCAGACGCCGAAGAAGUCGGUAAGGUGGGCUGCGGACGAUAAGCUCGAACGAGUCAAGUUCAUCGAACGUGCGGGCUCGCAUCCGACGCAUAAUAUCCGCGACCUUGAGCGAGACGAGGGUGCGGCGCUACACCAGCACAUCUUCGACGAACAAAUGGAAUGGGCCGAGCCACAACCACUCGACAUUCCCAGAGAGUUCGAAGUCGAGGCACGCGGCAGCAAGAGCCAGGAGUGCGCGGCGCAAGAGGAGCGCGAGCUGAGCGCGCUCGUCGUGCUCUACACCUCCCCCGCCCAGAUCCCCGACUCUCCAGCAGAACCGUCAUCGCAGCUUUCCGAGGAGCAGACCGACGAGGGCGUGUGUCUCAUGACCACCGGGCACGACGCGGACGGGAUCUUCUGGGACGGCGGGGAGCCCGCACUCGUGGACACGAUCCGGCCGACGGCGUCGGUAGCAGAGCUCGUCGGGCAGCUGCAGACGGACCGGCCCGACGUCGUGAUGAGCGACCCGUCGGCGGCGGCGUCAGCGAUGCCCUCCGUGUACCCCGCGCUGAACGAAAUCAAUUCGGACCAGCUCCAGCUGCUCAUGGCGCACGCCGCCGCGCUCUCGCAAAACGGCAGUUUGGCCAACCUCGGGGGGCGCACGCCGCCCUCCGAGCCCAGCUGGGCCCCCGGAAACCAGUUCCCGGAAUAUGAUCGGGGGACCCCCGAGAACGGCAGCGCGGGCUCCGGUCCCGCGGAUCCGAACCGGCGAUGGACGGACGACUGGCCCGGCCCGGGAGCAGGCGCCGGUGGCGGCGGGCCCGAGCGCGGGGGCCCUUUCGGGCGUGGAGGGCGGGGCCUUGGCGGCGGGCGGGGCCGCGGUGCAGGGCGGGGCCAGGGCGAGGGCCGUAGAAAUACAAAACGACGACCGUGCACGUUCUUUAUGGCAGGCAGAUGCCGAUAUGGCGAUCAGUGCGACUUCAGCCACGAGCUCGCGUACUAG